UAUUCUUUCUUCCUCCGUAAUCUUUUUCUGUUCCUCCUCCUCCUCCUCCAUCCUCGCCUCUGCUCCUCCCGUCUCGCUUGCCGUUUAUCUCUCCAUUAUAAGUUCCUACCAUCAAGCCUUCCUCUCGUCUCAGUCCGCCACGCCUCUCUUAGCUGCAUUCUGCAGGGACAAUUUUGUCCGGAAAAAAAACACUGAUCCCUGCAGGAAACGUAUGGAGAAGAAGCAGAAAGUUUAGGAGAGGAAAGAAAGAUAAGAAGCUUCAAGCAUAACCUCAUUCUGCUCGGCCAACUGCAGGCUCUUCGCUCAAUCUUGAACCAGAGUUCAAGCUCAAUAAGGAGACAAUUCUCUAAACAGUUUAUGGUGAAAAAUGGCUUUGAAAGCACUCAAGUCACAGCUCAAAGCAGUAUUGGAAUCUCUGUAUACUGAGGGAGUGUUGGAUCACCAAUUUGAUCAACUUCAGGCUUUACAAGAUGCAAAUAAUCCUGGAUUUGUCGUGGAAGUGGUCACCUUGUUCUAUGAAGACACUGAGAAAACCUUAAGGGAAUUGACCAAAUAUCUGGAACAACCUAUUGCUGAUAACCAAAGAGUGGAUUCCUAUGUUCACCAACUAAAAGGGAGUAGCUCAAGUAUUGGUGCUCAGCAAAUAAAACUUGCUUGCAUUGAUUUCCAUCAGGCUUGCCUGGACAAUAAUAAGGAUGGGUGUUUGCAGGCCCUUAAUAAAAUUAAGUAUGAAUUCUAUCAUUUACAAAGCAAAUUCAAGACUGUUAUUCAG